AAAAUACAAUUUAUUUUUUUUUCCUCAGGAAUCCAAACCAUUCAACUGGGAUGACGAGUGUUCUCCUGAAAGAGAGUGUUCGCCGCCCAUGCCGACUAUACCGCCUCCACCGCCGCCACUUGUGACAGAAGAGGAAGGCAUGAGUUGGCCAAGUGAUGAAGUGGAUACCGCUGCCCCAAUACCAAAUGAUGAUGAGGAACCAUACGCGCUCGCGCUCUUCGACUAUUUUACUGACCAUCCUGAUGAUUUGUCGUUUACGGCCAAAGCCAAGAUCAAGUUGAUACGACGCGUGGACCACGAAUGGUUAUAUGGCAGCCUGAGGAACGGUCUUCAGGGGUUAUUCCCGUCGAACUACGUAGAGAUUAAGAUACCACUUCCAAACGAAUCGAUGCCAGCGCCGCCUCUGCUGGGCACCCGUCGCGCU